AGAAGAAGAAAUGAAACAUGGUAGCAGGUGCCCUAAGUGCCUGCUUUUUAUUUGUUGUAGGUGUCCUUUCUGAUGAAAUUACAGGAUGGCACAGUGGGGAACUAUAUUCUCAAUAAUAGCUGCUCUUGGAGGAGCAGCGCUCUUAGCCUCGGUGCACAAGAUCGAUGAAGGACACACCGGAGUUUACUACAGGGGAGGGGCCCUCCUGACCUCCACCAGCAGCCCUGGUUUCCAUCUUAUGCUUCCAUUCAUCACCACCUACAAGUCUGUUCAGACGACACUACAGACGGAUGAGGUGAAGAAUGUACCAUGCGGCACAAGUGGAGGAGUGAUGAUCUACUUCGACCGCAUAGAAGUGGUGAACUACCUCGUUCCAACAGCAGUGUAUGACAUAGUGAGGAACUUCACAGCAGACUAUGACAAAGCUUUGAUAUUUAACAAAGUUCACCAUGAGCUCAACCAGUUCUGCAGUGUUCACUCACUGCAAGAGGUCUACAUCGGCUUGUUUGACCAAAUCGAUGAAAACCUGAAGCUGACCCUACAGGAGGAUCUAACUGCCAUGGCACCUGGACUCAUCAUACAGGCAGUCCGUGUCACAAAACCCAACAUCCCAGAGAGCAUUCGAAGAAACUACGAGCUCAUGGAGAGCGAGAAGACGAAGCUACUCAUCUCUCAACAGACACAGAAGGUUGUGGAGAAAGAGGCAGAGACUGAAAGGAUUAAAGCUGUGAUUGAGGCAGAGAAAGUGGCACAAGUGGCAGAGAUAAAGUUCGGACAGAAAGUCAUGGAGAAGGAAACCGAGAAGAAGAUCUCUGAAAUUGAAGACAAAGCUUUCCUGGCCCGACAGAAAGCCAAGGCAGACGCAGAGUUUUAUACAUCACAGAGAACUGCUGAGGCCAACAAGCUGAAGUUAACCCCAGAGUACCUGCAGCUGAUGAAGUACAAGGCCAUUGCUGCAAACAGCAAAAUAUACUUUGGGAACGACAUUCCCCACAUGUUUGUGGACUCUGGGUCUGCAGGGAGCUCUAUCAAGGCCUCUGCAGCCAUGGACAUAGUUGGUGAGCAGAUCUUGGACCUUGAUUAGCAAAGAAAGUAGUGGACCCAAAGGACACCCGAGGGACUUUCUGUUUAAGGGAAAGAGCCUGGCCAAAGGCUGGCUGGGAAACGGUUCUCACUCUGGCCAGAAGCUCUGCCAACCUGGACCCAUAUUUCUCAACAAUCUCAGAAUCAGCCAAACUCUUCUACUUGAACACGGACAACUUGAGUUUUCUGCAAGGUAUCCUAUGCUUCAACUGUCUUCUUUUCUUUGUAAGUAAGAUAGAAAAAACGAAUGAAAGAAACGUCUUCAUCUGCGGUUGUGUAACAAGCUCCUUCCAAAACUGGUAAUUAGCCAAAACAAUCAUUUUACAGAUCUGGCUGUCUUACGUCAGCACAUAUGGUUUUUCAUUGAAGAGAGCCAAGCACAUUCAGAAACAACAUCAAGGAUCAUUAAUCUAUCUCUAGCUGUUUGUAUGUGUUUUCACUGAGCAUAUGAAGCAGUGAUUUUAGAAUCUGUGGACACAUUAGGAGACAAAAAUGCAUUCUAACCAUGUUCAGUGGUGGGGGAAUGACUGAUUAUUCAUCUGAGUUAAGCUUGUAGAUAUAAAGUUAACACAACCCAAAUAUGGUUGUUUUAACUGCGCUGUCCUUGUUAUCACAAUGAUCUGCUAAUCCUGUUAGCAGCUGUUGCUUUGCAUCCAGAUUUUUUUCUUGCAUGACAAAAAUCCCCUGUACAAAAAUGAAAGGCAGAUUAUCAAAAUGAUGUUUUUCCACGCUGUAGGCCCAUAACUUUUGCUAUGUGAAUGCAGAUUUCUCAGCUCACAGCCUAUGAGAAUGGCUAACAAUGCCAGCAGAUGCAUUUUAACAUUUCAGCCUGACUUGUUUGUUUAAAUCUUUCAAAGACUUCUGAAAUCUGCACUUGGAUACAUUAAUGGAUGAAAUUUUAACAAUUUAUUUCAGUUUGUCUGAAGCACAACAAAGUCUAACAUUUGCAUUCUCAUAAUAUCCAUGAUUUAUGUUGAAACCUCGGAUGCAAAGAAGCUACAUUGUUUACUACCUGCACUGCCAAAGAGUUUGCACACUGAGUCUGUUAUUUUCUGUUGCAUCCUAAUUGUAUAAACUAAGAAAAUUCGUAGAAUGUGGCAAAUCAUUUUGUACUGCGAGAAACAAGAGAGAAGAUGAGUCUGUGGCUCUUUGACCCCUUUAAAAACUCACUGGAUCCAUCCAUCCUGACAGAGAUGUUCAUACAGCACCAGCUGAAGUCAGAGAUGGAGAUCAACUUUUUAUUUUCAGUUCCUGUUAUGUGCCUUUGAGUACAAACUCUGGCUGGGAAGGCAUUGAUUUUGUACCAUCGUUGAUAUCCACAUUAUACACGGGAAAACCUGAGUGAUAAAAGUUUGGUUUCAGUGCAAAGCAGAGAGAGAGAGAGAGGGGAGAGAAGGGGGUGAGCGAGCAAGCAGGAAGGGAGCAUCAGAUGCUGUUGGAAUCAUUCAUAACCCUUUAUUUGACUUGGAAUGAUGCAAAAAAAGCAAAAAAGAAACAAGGGACAAUUUUUUGGUGUUUGUGUGCAAGCAUGAGCUCGCUUUUGUUUUUCAUAUGGAAAAUUUAAAAAAAAAAAAAAAAGGACUCAGUCUGCAAAGGCCUUAAGGCAGAGCUAGCAGAAUCAGAUGCUUCAAGAGUAUGAAAAAUAAAAGUUAGAGUCGGUUAUUGAGUUUAGUAUUUGCUUCUUUGGGUGCUUAAUAAAAUACACUUGUAGUUUCAAAAGUAGUCUGCAUAUUUUUAAAAUAAGAUUUUUUGAAGUGGAUUAAGGCUGGCCACAAACUUCAGGAUUUUAAGCCUGAUUUGUCUUCCCCGAUGAUCGUGGUGGGUGUAUAUCCAAAGUAGAACCUCAUCACAAACAAUUAUUUCUAUGAAUAAUCCAUGUGUGUGGUGUCAACACGAUUAUUUUACUGUUCAGAAUCACAUCAUAGCAUCCCAGACCCUGAAUUGUUAAUAUCAAACAUGUUUGAGUUAGCAUCACCUGCCUGGUCAAACGUACUUUCACCACACACAAACAUAAACACAACUGUAGGCUAUGUUAAUUUCAGCAAGGAUUUCAUCCUGAUUCUUUUCCUUGUUUUGUGAUUUUUUUCCACAUCCAUAACACAUGCUAGGACAGUGUAUUGUGGAGGGACAGCAAGAGGAUGUCGGCAGACAUACAUGUUUAUUUUUCUUCUGAAGUCACGUGAUCACGCAAGGUCGUUGGUAAGGAUGUUCCUAAGCGUUUAUUUACUUAUUCAACUAAACGCUAAUUUAAAUUUCAUUUAACCAACUAAUGUAAAGGAAGAAAAACCCUAGAAAACAGUCAAAUUCCUCACAGAGUCAUUAUGUCGGAGGUGUGACGUUUGCCUGAUAUCCUCUCUACAGCGUGGCUAACAAUGAAAGCUAGCGUCGCCAGCCUUCGUUCCUCUUUGCAGAUUAUUUAGAGCUUUGAUAUUUGGCUUCUUUUCACUUCGGGUGAGUAGUUACAGAUGAGUUCAACCUCUACUACUUUAAAAAAACUCAUACCGCGCUGUUCCUGCUACACGCUAACCGCUAAGCCACCCCUGAGCUUCUCAUAUUUACAUCCAGUGAAGUGCCAGACAGGAAGGCAGUGACAUGAACUGAAGGUACAGCCGCCUCUAGUGGCGGGAUGUUCAUUACAGUUUAAAAGAGAAUUACAGACUGGGAUUUCAAGCCCAUGUUUUUAAAAAUGAUAGGUAAUUAUUUUAACUGACUCUUAAAUCCCGCGCCAGCUAAUUUGAUAAACUAAUUUAACUGUUUUACCAAUUAACUGCACACAUCACAGUCGUUGGCAGGUUGCCUGGUGUCUGUGGUAACAGCCACACAGGAUUAUAACAUGAAAAAUCAUUCAGAUUUGUCCUCAUGUCUGUGGUCUUCCAGGAUGUUUAAACCAUUAAAGAUUUGAAAAUCAUCUAGUGUGUGGCCAGCCUAAGGGAAGUUUGCUUAGAUGACUGAUCCUCCACGAACUGUCCUUCACUAAGUGGGUAGAAAUUCCACAAUUUAUAUUUUUACCACAAACAGGCUUUUUUUUUAUAAUGUCAAUACAAGUGAAGUACCGUUAUCUGAUAUAUAAGGAGCAUUUUCAUAUAAAAAGUUGACUACAGCUUUUGUAUACCAGUACAAACUGCUGGGACAGGAAACAUUACUGCAAGUGCAUGCACAAGGACCUAAUGUGACUGAAAAUUCAUCCCCAUUCAUUCUCUAUUACAAGUGGUCAAAUCAGCUUCACAGCUCGGAAUGGUGUCACUUUACCCCCUUGUGAGGUCAUAAACAUGGAUGUAAAGAAACCAGGAAGUAUACUGUUUAGUCAGUCAACUGUGUGGCGUGUUGGUUUUGCUGAUAAUACUCCUUACUAAAGACAAUAGGGGACAAGUGGAGGCUUACAAGUCUUUUACAAUAUCACUGCAGGCUGAAAGCUCAAUCACCGUAUUAUAGCUAGUAGGUGUGCAAACUCUUUACGGCAUAAGCAGGUGGUAAAAGAGCGACUAAAGGUUCAUUUAUGUUCUACACACAUAUGAAUAUAGAGCCAUGCAUUUUAAACUUUAUAACCGUCCUUGCCCUCAUACUGAAGUGUGUCUGUUAUGUUGGAGUGGACAUUGAAAAAUGAAUCCACUAGAUGUUGCUGUCUCUUGCAGAGCAACUUUGAAGCUGCUCCCAUAGACUGAAGAAAGAAUGGUCCAUCCUCUGCCCAGCAGUUCUCUUGUAGUUUUGUACCCAGAUUAGCGAACACCAUUAAUAUAGUUGUAUUUGCUAACAACUCAGGCAUUAUUCAUUGAUAUUUCCUCAGAUAACUCGCUUAAGUUCCGCCCCCAUGGUUGGUGGUGUCCGCACUCAUGAGCUUCAGGAGAACAGAUGAAAAGCAGACAAAAUAAAUGCAGAGAACAAACAGAAAGGUUUGUCCGUAUCUGUAUGCAUUUCAAAUGUAGAGCAUAAGUGGGCCUUAAGCUGCACAGAAACUGCAAGUUGUCAAAAGAAAUGGAAAUCUUCAUGCAAGAGGACGAUUCAAACCUUUUUCCCCUUUGGAGAUUUUAAAAACAGACUGCAGCUUAUACCAGGAUGAUUUACAAUCUUAACAUUAUGGUAUCUAGUUGGCAUUGAGCUUAACUGUUUGCAUUAGGACGAGCUAGCUUACUACUGUAGGUACAUGUACUGUACAUGCUAGAAAAUGCUGCAUACAGCAACAAAGUUGAAUCCAUGCCAUGCAAAGUUUCUCAAAUUUCUUCCAAUAAUUUCUUUAGCCCAAUGCACAACAUUUUCUUUAGAGUGGGUUUAGUGAGCAGUCAUCUGUCUGCAACAACCAAGUGAAUGUUUUUAAAAGAGAAGUUGCAUCCCAGGAAAAGACAGAAAUGUUUUUAAAUGUUUAAUUUUAGGAUAUCUUGUUGUUAUUUUCAUUGACAUCUUGUACAUUCCAGUCCAGGGCAGCUCUGACGACGACUUGACCAAGUUUAAGAGAAAUAUUAUAAAGAUGAUAUUCUACUGAAAAGGACCAAAUAUUUUGUCACUCUCAGGCUGUGAUCUAUUACUCUCAACUGCUUGGAAAAACACGGACUCUGACAGGAAAUGUCAGCACUAACAAAACAAAAGGAUGAUGAAUGUGCUUUGUGGUCGCUGCUGGCUGCUCAGACGUUACCACUCCAUUGGUUUAUUUAUAUAUUUUUGUAACAUUUCAGCCUUUGGACAUGUUUAUUAUAAACUGAAAUCAUAUAUCAAAUAGUAUAAUUUUUGCUGUAUAUGUAUGUAGCACUGAGUGUUUCACACUGUAUAUUUAGCACAUAGACUAUGUUGAAACAGAUGGUAUCGGAUUUACAUCAUUGCUUUUGUUCAGCAGUACCCUAGUAAAGGUUUUGUAGGGAAAAUCACUGAACACAGUGUUUUCAAGCAGACAAUAGACGUGUGAAUUCAGUGUUUAAAAAUUGACCAUUUACUGCAAUUUCUAGUAAUGUAACCAUGUUUGUGUCCUGUAAGAAUCUUUACAGCAUGAGUUGCCUUAGAGCCGUUGUCAACACGUCCUGUUUCCCUGGAGGAGAACCAUUCCAGUUAAAACAAUCGCAGACAUUUGUUAUCAAGCUCUUUGAGGAACUAGAAAAACAUUAACCACUAGAAUCCAUCAAAUUUGUCUUUAGUCUUUGUUGAUUUUGGGCACCACAAAUCCUGAACAGGGACCAGAACCGUGUCAUCUAAUGGAUUACUUUGUGUCCUUUCUCUGAAGACUGAAGCCCUCUUUGUUUAACUGUUGACAGAUAUGACGUGGUUUAUCAAGGAUUUGGCACUAGAUGAAGGGUUUGGCAAAUAACCCAUGUGUUUUUCAAAGAACUACUUACUUGUAUGGGAAUUUAUAACAUGCAGGCAUGUUUAGGCUUUGGUCCUUUGGUUUCGUUAUUGGCUGAGUCAACAUGGUGCCUAGGUAAAAGCAUCUUUAUUAUAAUCUGAAUCUAAAUUUGCGAGAAGACAGCACAACCUUUGUUCAGCAUUCCAGGCAAUGAGUAAAUGACGUCUUAUUGGCAUCGUUCCUUGUUGUUUUGAAGGUUGGUAAAGUUUUACCUCCAAUUGACCUCCAGAUGUUUGCUGGCUGAUGAAAACUUGAACUUAAAGUCAAAUGUGUUUUUGCACUGAUUUAAAUUGUGAAUGUGCAAUCAAGAUGUUGUCAUUCGACAAUAAAUUACUGAUGGUUAUUCUUUGAGAA